UUCUUUGACUGAUCUCCUGGCACAUAGCCGUGCUGCUCCUAGCGUUCGCACCUUGCAAGCACAGCAGUCACCUUCCAACCUCUGCGACUCUCCUCCGCGCUUUCUCGCUCAGUUGCAGUUAUUCUGCAGGAAGGAGGGGUCCGCCGAGAUAAUACAUUAUCAGAGGAGUUUUCCAUGCUGGGAAAUUUUCAGGUUUUGCUUUCGCUACCCGCAAAAGAGUCUAUGCUGCACGAAAGACACGCGGAGAGGGCUGCCGUGCGUCUUGGUGAUGAGGUUGGGUGCGCACAGCCGACAGAGCAUUAAAGGAAUCCCUCUGUAUCUGAAGAAACCGCCCCAGUAAGGGACAAGAACGGGGGGAGAACAGCGGGGACUGGUGUCGGUUGGGACGCUAUCAUUUCGACUAGGAUGCAUCUCUUCAGUGCCAUGUUCCUGCUUGUGAUGUUAGCUGCCAUUCCCUGUGAGGCUCUGUACCCAAGCCCAGAGGAGGGCUGGCAGAUCUACAGCUCGGCACAGGACGCAGAUGGGAAGUGUAUCUGUACCGUGGUCGCGCCAACCCAGAACAUGUGUAACCGCGACCCACGCAGCAGGCAACUUCGCCAGCUCAUGGAGAAGGUUCAGAACAUUAGCCAGUCAAUGGAGGUGCUGGACCUUCGGACGUACAGAGAUCUACAGUAUGUAAGGAACACUGAGGGACUAAUGAAAGUGGUGGAUGGAAAGCUGAAGGUGGCCUCGGAAAAUCCCCGGAGUCUCAAUCCAAAGGGCUUUCAGGAGUUGAAAGAUAAGGUGACCCAGCUGCUGCCCCUGCUGCCAGUGAUGGAACAGUACAAGACAGACGCCAAGAUGAUCCUGCGUCUUCGGGAGGAGGUGAGGAAUCUGUCCUUGGUGCUGAUGGCCAUUCAAGAAGAGAUGGGGGCCUAUGAUUAUGAGGAGCUACGCCAGAGAGUCCUGCUGCUGGAGACCAGACUCCAUUCCUGCAUGCAGAAACUAGGCUGUGGAAAGCUGACUGGAGUCAGUAAUCCCAUCACAGUACGUGCAUCAGGGUCAAGGUUUGGCUCCUGGAUGACCGAUACCAUGAUCCCCAGCUCAGACAACAGAGUGUGGUCCAUGGAUGGUUACUUCAAGGGACGGCGUGUCCUGGAAUACCGCACGAUGAAUGAUUUCAUGAAGGGCCAGAACUUUGUGCAGCACUUGCUGCCUCACCCCUGGGCAGGCACUGGUCAUGUGGUCUAUAACGGCUCACUGUACUACAACAAGUACCAGAGCAACAUCAUCAUCAAGUACCACUUCCGUUCUCGAAGUGUGCUGGUUCAGCGCAGCCUGAGUGGGGCCGGCUAUAACAACACCUUCCCCUACUCCUGGGGUGGCUCCUCUGACAUCGACCUGAUGGCGGAUGAGAACGGACUGUGGGCUGUUUACACCACCAUCCCUAAUGCUGGAAACAUUGUCAUCAGCCGUCUGGAGCCCCAGAGUCUGGAAGUUCUUCAGACUUGGGACACGGGCUUUCCCAAGCGCAGCGCUGGAGAGUCUUUCAUGAUCUGCGGUACACUUUAUGUCACCAACUCCCACCUGGCUGGUGCCAAGAUCUACUUUGCCUACUACACCAACACAUCAAGCUACGAGUACACAGACAUCCCCUUCCACAAUCAAUACUCCCACAUCUCCAUGAUGGACUACAACCCCAGGGAGAGGGUCCUGUACACCUGGAAUAACGGACACCAGGUGCUCUACAAUGUCACAUUGUUCCAGGUUAUUAAGACUUCUGGGGACUAA